UAGGUAAUAAAUAAAUAUCAUUACAUCAAUUUACUUACAAAAUAUAUAAUUAGUUUUUCGACUAAAUCAUGUUUUUAAUUUCAUGGAUUUUAUCUGCAUUUUGCAUUGCAAUAGUAUUCAGUGCACAUAUAAAUGAAAACGACCCGAAUAACUCGUCUAAUAAUAAUAUAUGGGCUGUUCUCGUUGCUGGCUCUCACAGGUGGAUGCGGUAUCGACAUCAGUCCAACGUAUGUCAUGCUUACAAAAUACUAAGAGCAAAUGGCAUUCCAAAGAACCGUAUUAUUACAUUUAUGUUCGAUGAUAUUGCAUACAAUUCAGAAAAUCCCGAACCCGGUGUGAUUAGAAAUGAACCAAAUGGUACAAAUGUUUAUGAAGGUGUACCAAUUGAUUACACUGGUGAAGAUGUUAGAAAAGAUGUAUUCUUAGAUGUAAUUCAAGGACACGCGGCGAAUGUAAAACACAUUGGAAGUAAACGAGUGGUAUUGAGUACGAAUAAAGACAAUAUUUUCAUUUUCCAUACCGGUCUUGGUGGCCAUGAUGGAUAUGUUGAAUUCCCGGAUUCUGGCGAAGACACCGAUUUACACGGAGAAGAACUUGUAUCAACUUUUAAAAAAUUACACAACCGUAAUAGAUAUAAAAAUAUAUUGAUGUACUUAGAAUCGAGUCAUUCUGCUGCUAUGUUUGAUAAUCAUACACUUCCUCAUAAUAUAAACGUUUUGGCGAUUACCGCUGGUGGACCAGACGAAGAUACAUGGGGCACAUGGUGCGAAACAAACAUACAACCAUGUCUUGCCGGUUUGUUCUCAUAUGCUUGGAUGAAUUAUGCCGAAAACAAUCCUGACGGAUUAAGGAAAAGUCAAAGCGUGUUCGAUCAUUUCGACAAUGUCCGAGAUAUCGUAGCACACACGGCUAAAGAACACCCUCAACUCUACGGUGAUUGGAAUAUCGGAAAGUUACCGAUUAGUCAAUUCAUCGGUUACGAGAAUCGCAAUUCGUCGAGUUCAGAAACGGAAAUAAAACCCAUCAGUGGCGUUUCCAAGCACUAUACGUUCGACAAAGAUACGAUAAUUAAAGGUGAUAUGACUGCGGCAGAUGAACAUGUCCCUAUUGAGCAAAAGAAAAAUAUCAUGCAAGCAAUAUUAAAUAAUAUUGUCCAGUUAGUCAUUCCAAACGAACAUAUUAGGAACAUGAUUUUGAAACGAGAGCCAAUUGACAUGCGCCAAAAUCAAUGUUUCGAUGGCUUGUUAUCAUUGUUCGACGCCAAAUGUAUUAAUCCGCAGAAGGAUGACAAUGUGAGAAAUCAUCAAGAGAAAUUUAACAUGUUAGCAAAGUUAUGUGAUGUCGAUGUUAUGAGUAUUCAACAGAUGACGGCUGCCGAAGCCAUAGAAAAAAUAUGUACUUGAUUAGGUUUUAUUAUUUCUCAUAAUAAUAAACAUUAUUUCACUUAAUUUGAUUAUUACAAAUGUUUACUAUAGCAGUGACGCAAUAAAGUUAAAUUUUAAAGCGGUAAAUCGACGGACGUCAUAUUAUUGUUUUAAAUGCAUCAAUAAUACAACGUGCGAAUAGUAGCUUUUUAUAUUAUUCUAUGUUAUUUACUGUGCUCAUCAUUCUAAUAGUUUCAACCAAAAUUAUUGUUAUUAUGUUUCACCUUUUAUUAUCGCGAUUCUGUGUAUUAAAAAUAAAAUUAUAUACUUUGUUAUAUUAAUGAAAAUGUGUAUAUCGUUGUUAUUGAGCGAUACAAUUAUAUUAUGUAGCUAAAAUGAAUAUUUCAAACGUGUAGCUACUAGCUAUUAUUAUUAUUAUAAUUAUUAUACAGAAAGAAUAAUUGUUAUAAAUUAUUAAUAUUUUUAGUCGUCUAAUUAUAUAGAUUUAUAAUAUUAUGAUAUCAACGACCAACAUGGUGUAUUUAUUGUACAAUAAUUUUACAAUGGAUUAAUUGUACGACUAAUAAACAACUUAUAAUAUGUUUUGAAUGUUUUGAUUAUAGUUUACAAUGUAAAUUGUUACAUUUAUUAAUAUGACGUACAAUAAAAUAGUACAUAAUAUUAAAAGAUUAGUAUUAGAUAAAAUAAUUUACUUAAAUUAAUUUUGUAUUUUGUAGAAUAAUAUUUUUUAGGUAAUUUUAAUUACUAAAUUACGUACCUAUAACUUUUAAACUAUAAGAGUUAAGUUUUAUUAGAAUUGCUCAAUUCACGUUAAAAUAUAAAUCAAACUUAAGUAGACCUUUAUGUCUAUAUAACAGCCUAGUAUUACAGCUUACUCUCAAAUUGUAGCUACUUUUUUAUUUCCUUAAGCUACAAUCAGUUAUUAUAUUAUUAUUAUGGUUGUAAACAUCAUAAGUAGUAGAUACACCGUGGGCUUAGAAUCAAAAUGGGCUAUUUCAAAGUUUCGAAUUUCUCUCGGAUAUUUUGAACUGUUAUAUUACCUAUCUCUAUUCGUAAUGACUAUAAAUUAUAAUGAAUGAUUUUAAUGAUUGUAAAAUUCAAAAAUUGACAAAUUUA